GAGGAACACACAGAAACCUAAAAAGCUUUCACGUAAUAUUGCUUCUCUCUCUUCUUUCCUCUUUUCACGGCCAAUAUGGAACCAAUCAGCUUCUCCCUGGCCAUCAUCAGAUCUUCUUGAAGCUGCCUUCUUCUUCCUUUUUAUCUUCUAUAUUUUUAAUUCUCCCUUAGAUUCUUACAAUCUGUCACAAGAAUGGCUCAGUCCUGUCUUAAGAUCGUUCGACUAAACAAUCUCAAGAACAGAGUGAACCGUCGGAUUUUGAUUCUCCGUCGAUUCACGCGUCUUCUCUGGAGCAGAAUCGUCGCUUGCGCUCCCAGAAAAUCACGGAGAUAUCUCUUGCUGUCACGCGCCGCCACUCCUUCUCCCUCUGUCUCUCGUCCUCAACCUCCUCCGAUCCCCUCCCUUGAUGCCUCUGGCGGUGAGGCCGUACGCCGCAUAUCGGUACGCGAACACGAUAAUAAUCACCGGAGAUCGGAUUCUGAUCUGGUUUCUCUCAAAAUCAGCCUCUUAGGAGAUCCCGAGAUCGGCAAAACUUGCUUCCUGGCCAAAUAUGUUGGUGAAGAUGAAGAAGUUGAAAUGAGAAUAUUGGACAAAGGGAUCAGUUGUACGGACAAGAUGUUAUCCAUGGGGGGUGCUCGCAUCUCCUACAGUAUCUGGGAACUAGAAGGAGCUGAGAGAUCACGGGAUCUAAUACCCACAGCUUGCAAGGACUCUGUAGCUAUUCUCUUCAUGUUCGAUCUAACUAGUCGUUGCACACUUAACAGUGUAAUCAGCUGGUAUCAACAAGCUAGAAUGUCUAAUCAGACGGCGAUUCCAGUUAUGGUAGGAACCAAGUUUGAUGAAUUCAUUCAGCUUCCUAUUGAUCUUCAAUGGACUAUUGCUAGCCAGGCGAGAACCUACGCGAAGGCGCUAAACGCGACGCUCUUCUUCUCGAGUGCUUCAUACAACAUCAACGUAAAUAAGAUCUUCAAGUUUGUCACGGCGAAGCUCUUCGACUUACCAUGGACUGUGGAGCGGAAUCUCACCAUUGGAGAACCACUCAUAGACUUCUAGCAUCUUCCAAAACAUAUAUGUAGGUAUAUAUAUUUUUCAUUCACCACCGCCUUGUGAUUGAUCGGACAACUGUUUCUAGCCGUCUAUAAAACAUGGAGACAUGAUGCGGCGGAGAUUUCGCCCGCAUUCUUCAAUAUUA